UAUACAGGCUGUGGCGCACCCGCUCACGGCGGAGUUCCGCACUGACUACGAGGGUCUAGAGUAAUACUACCGACAGUCACUGAAACCAAGUCCUGGAUUUAAACACCCCCCUCCAGUACAGCAGGAAGUCCUGGAUUUAAACGCCCCCCUCCAGUAGCGCAGGAAGGAAACGUGUAUCAUUACCAUGGAGAAGCAACCCGCAGCGGGCGCGUUGGCAGAGAGUCUGGCACAGUCUGGAGGAGUUGCAUCAAACAGAAAACCGAGGACGUUGGCGAGCAACAUCGGAUCCCGACCAGCAAACCUUGAAAGUUUGGACAGUCCAACAGGUUCUCAUGUAGAGUGGUGUAAACAGCUAAUAGCAGCUACCAUCUCCAGUCAGAUCUCAGGAUCCAUUGCUCCUGAUGCCGCUGCCAGGGACAGCAAGGACCUCCAACCACUAAGAGUCUGUAUAAAGCAGGGCCGAAUGGACGAGAUUCCACUGGUGCCUGGGGAGAGCAUUAAAGCUGUCGCCAAGGAUGUGAUGUAUAUCUGUCCGUUUAGUGGCCUAGUAACAGGAACUCUGACCAUCACAGACUACAGGCUGUACUUCACCAGCCUGGAGAGGGAGUUUCUCUUCAUCCUGGAUGUGAACCUGGGAGCUGUUAACAGACUGGAAUCUAUCAGUGUGCCGAGCCACGGGGAGAACACUAGAGGACUUGAGCUGGUCUGUAAGGACAUCAGGAGCCUGAGGUUUGCCUAUAAGAAAGAGGAGACCCAACCAGAAGUUGUAGAGGUGUUGACCAAACAUGCCUUUCCCCUCUCCAAUGGAUUGCCCCUGUUUGCUUUCCUCUACAAUGAAGACUUUCCUGUGGAUGGCUGGAAGGUUUAUGACCCCAUGGCUGAAUACAAAAGACAGAGUCUGCCCAAUGAGAGCUGGACCAUCAGUAAGAUCAACAGCAGCUAUGAGGUGUGUGACACCUAUCCUUCUCUCUUGGUCAUCCCCACCAACAUGAAGGAUGAGGAUGUCAAACGCGUGGCGGUUUUCAGAGCUAAGCAUCGCUUACCAGUCCUGUCCUGGAUCCACCCAGACACUCAUGCCACCAUAGUGCGAAGCAGCCAGCCGUUAGUUGGGCCAUCGGACCGUCGAUGUAGAGAGGAUGAGCGCUUCCUCCAGAUGAUCAUGGAUGCCAAUGCUCAGUCCCACAAGUUGACCAUUUUUGAUGCCCGGCAAGGCAGUGUGGCGGACAGCAACAAGGCAAAAGAUGGGGGGUAUGAGAGCGAAAGCUACUAUCACAACAUGGAACUAAUCUUUCUGGAGAUUCCCAACAUCCAUGUAAUGAGGGAGUCACUAAGGAAACUCAAGGAAGUGGUCUACCCCACCACAGAUGAGGCCCACUGGCAUUCCACCAUCGACCAAACACACUGGCUGGAGUACAUCCGGCUGCUGUUGGCUGGGGCUGUGCGGAUUGCUGACAAGGUGGAGUCAGGAAAGACGUCAGUGGUGGUCCACUGCAGUGAUGGCUGGGACCGUACCUCUCAGCUCACAUCAUUAGCCAUGCUGAUGUUAGAUGGCUACUAUCGCACUCUCCAAGGGUUCCAGGUGCUGGUGGAAAAGGAGUGGAUCAGUUUUGGACAUAAGUUUGCUGCUCGUGUUGGUCAUGGAGAUGAGAACCAUGCCAACUCAGAGCGCUCACCUCUGUUCAUACAGUUCAUUGACUGUGUGUGGCAGAUGACACAGCAGUUCCCAGCAGCCUUCGAGUUCAAUGAGCUUUUCCUCAUUACCAUCCUGGACCACCUCUACAGCUGCCUGUUUGGUACAUUUCUCUACAACAGUGAAAAAGAGAGGAUUGUCGAGGAUGUGCAAACAAAAACCGUAUCGCUGUGGUCCUACAUUAACAGCCAGUCAGAGGACUUCACCAACCCAUUUUAUGUCGACUAUGAACAUCAUGUGCUGUACCCCCUGGCCUCCAGCAGACAUCUGCAGCUGUGGACUAGUUACUACACCCGCUGGAAUCCCCACAUGAGGCCACAGAUGCCGGUGCACCAGACCUUGAAGGAGCUGCUGUACCUAAGAGCUGAGCUUCAGAAGAAGGUGGAGGAGUUGCAGAGAGAUGCCUCCUCUCGCUCCCUCUCCUCUUCUGUAGAACUCACCUCCUCUCCCUCGCACACUGGGGCUACACGUCUGCACACCACCGUCUGAUAGGAGGGAAGAGACUUUUGUAAACAUAAGCAUGUGUGCACUCACAAACAAAAUGAGCAAAUGGGGGACUUUAGAAACUCUCUUCAAAUACCUUUGUGUGAUGUAAACAAACAUGCACACAAACAAACAUACCUAAUCAGCCAUUAUUUUUACUUAAAGUGACGUAUAUAUAUUAUUUUUUUUUAUUCAUUUAGCCAAUGAGACGAGAUCAUUUCCUCCCACACAGGAAAUGAUGCUCGCUAUGAAGUAUAAUAAAAAUAAUGCAGAAUUUUAGAUUUUUUUUUUCUUUAGCAAGAACCACACAUAUUUUGCUGCAACCUCUUCUACCAACAAGUCAUUGAUAAAGAAAAAAAUAAUCUAAAAUCCUGCAUUCAUUAUAUUAUGCCAAAUAGCAAGUGUAAUUUCCUAUGCAUGAAUAAAGGAUCCUGUCUCAUUCACUGGUAUUGCAAUUCACUGGUAUUACAAUGCUGCCUGUGCUUGCCACACUGGAUUAUUUUUCAUGAAAUUAACUGGUGUACUGAAGCACUAGAGGUCUCAGUUUAUUGUGUACACACUCCAGAUCUUAAUAAACUAAUGUAAAAAAUGCAUUGUUGCUUCAAUACACAGUGACCCAGUGGUUAGCACUGUUGCCUCACAGCAAGAUGGUCGAACCCAAGGCCAUCCCAGGUCCUUUCUGUGUGGAGUUUGCAUGUUCUCCCCGUGUCUGUGUGGGUUUCCUCCCACCAUCAAAAAGACAUGCAUAUUAGGGUUAAAACUCCUGCCUGUGCCCCUGAGCAAGGCAAUGGAAAGAAGAAGUGGAGUUGGUCCCCGGGUGCUGCAGCUGCCCACUGCUCCUGUACAAUAGGAUGGUUACAUGCAGAGGAUUAAUUCAUUGUAAGAAUACAAUUCUUUUUAAGAAUGCAAUGUCAAAUAAAGUGGUUUUCUUUCAUUCGCUUUCAAUAUGUUGUCCUUAACUUGUGCUUGUGUUUGUCAAGCAAAACUUAAACUGCAGUGAAGUGAACAGCUAGAUUCUCACUUUUUAGUAUUCUAUUAAGAGAAAAAUGUCAA